AUGCAUCCUUCAGAGACCGGGACCGGCUCGUUACAGUCGAUUGAAAACCGCCUCACUGGCGAUGAUUCUUCAAAUAGGAAUGGGAGCUCGCCAUCACAUCAGAUUGACGCUCAAGAGCCUUAUGAAAUCAAGAAAGCAGAGAGCGUGCAAGUGAUCGAUAUCACCAAAGACUUGUCCGCUUUGAUUUCACAACAGAUUCAAAAAACGCCGGCUGCUGUUGCUCUAGAAGACGAGACUUCGUCUUACACCUACAGCGAGCUGGACCUCGAAGUAACAGAUCUUGCAAACCGGCUCCGAGACCACGGUGUUGGUCGUGACAGCCUUGUGGGUGUGCUCUUGGGACGCAGCGCGGACUAUGUGAUUGCCUGUCUCGCAGCCCUGCGGGCAGGUGGUGCAUUCCUAGUACUCGAACUUGCCUACCCGCCCAACUUGCUGGCCGAUGUUAUUGACGAUGCCAAGCCGAGGGUGGUGAUCACGAACGGCACCCAGGCCAGCCAGAUCAACGCGGAUGUUCCCCUCAUCAUCCUCGAUGAGAUCGUCAAGGGGUCCUACAAGCCCAACGGGGAGAAACUCCCACCCCUUCCGGCUGAUGAUGAUCUGGAGCGACUUGCUUUCGUCUCGUACUCCAGUGGGACGACCGGACGACCGAAGGGCAUUGCAAAUCCACACAUGGCACCUGUGCUCUCAUACAACCUGAGGUUCGGCUUGAGUGAUCUUGCUCCGGGAGACCGCGUGGCUUGUAACGUCUUCUUCAUCUGGGAGAUGCUGCGCCCUCUCUUGCGUGGAGCCACCGUAGUUUGCGUUCCAGACGAGGCCAGCUACGACCCAGUAUCCCUUGUUGAUCUUCUCGCUCGCCGAAAGAUCACAGAAACUCUCGUAACGCCCACUCUUCUAGCAGCGGUUCUUUCCAGACAUCCAGAUAUUCAGUCGGACCUUCCGGACCUUAGAACGCUGUGGUUCAAUGGCGAGGUUGUCACUACCGAUCUCGCUCGUCGAGCUAUCAAAGCACUGCCAAACACACGUCUACUCAAUUGCUACAGUGCUAGUGAGACUCAUGAAAUCGCUUGUGGGGAUAUCCGGGAGAUCAUCGAUUACGAGCGCUCUUACUGUCCGGUGGGAGAACCCUUGAAUAAGCAUAUCUACAUCCUGGAUGAGAACAAGAAGAAGGUCGAUGUGGGUGUCCGUGGAGAGCUAUUUGUUGGGGGUGGUCUGCUUGCCAGAGGUUACCUCAACCUUCCUGAAACGACAGCCGAGGCCUUCAUACCAAACCCAUUUGACAACACUCCAGGAUCACGUAUGUACAGAACCGGUGAUUCAGCUCGCCUGCUACCUUCUGGGGUGCUAGAAAUUACUGGUCGUGUCGGGGCUAUGAUGAAAAUCCGGGGCUAUUCUGUCGUGCCUGGCAAGGUCGAGAAUGCCAUUAUUGAGCUGCUCGCAGUCAAGCAGUGUGCUGUUAUCGCCAUGGGCGAAGGUUUGGAGCGGCAAUUGGUUGCAUACAUAGUUCGGGACAAGGAAGAAGCUGGAGACCGCGCAAUCCCCAUCAUCGACGAGGCUGGAUACAGCUUGGUGGCUCGCAGGACACUUUCGGCAUCUCUUGCACAAUACAUGAUCCCAGCAUUGUGGGUUGAGCUUGAUGAACUCCCAACUAACAGAGUCUCCGGAAAAGCCGACAUCAAGAGGCUGCCUCCUCCUGGCGUUUCCAUCUCCACCAUAUUCAAUCACACCAAGACUGAGCGCGAUACCAGCAUCGGCAUCGAGGCCAUUGCGGAAAUCUGGGCUACAUCUCUCAAUGUCCCAAUCAACUCCGUGACAAAAGAGCACACCUUUUUCGACCUCGGAGGACACUCUCUCACACUUGCCGACCUUGCGACUAGGCUCACAAGAGCCUUUGGGUUUACUGUCCCGGUCGGACGCCUCGUCGUCAACCCAACUCUGGAAGGCCAUUUGGAAGUUGUGCGUUCAGUUCGCGACGGUCGCACGGCAGCGGUCCAAGCUGACUUGCCUGCCGUUCUACGUGCAGACGCAACUCUUAGCGAGGAUGUAAAGCCCACAGGAGCUGCAAUGUGCUCACUUUCCUCAGCUCGUACCGUCUUGCUGACUGGUGCCACCGGUUUCUUAGGGGCUUUCUUGCUGGUGGACCUCCUCGAAGCAACGUCAGCUCGAAUUGUCUGUCUCGUGCGUUUCAACAACCCCGAAGAAGAGGAUGGCCCAGCUGGAGUGGCAAGAAUCCGCAAGAACUUGCUCGACUUGGGACUUUGGCAAGACUCGAUCCUGGACCGUAUCGAGGUUCUUCCUGGCAAUCUUUCCCACAAGAAGCUUGGUCUAAGUCCAGAUGCAUACAAGGAUCUUGUUGGAAACGUCCAAAUAAUCUUUCACGCUGGAGCUACUGUCAACCUAGUCUACCCUUACGCUGCGCUACGGGAUGCGAAUGUUGGUGGUACGAGGGAGGUCCUGCGCUUAGCGAGUGAGAGUGGAGCGACAGUGCAGUACAUUUCCACAAAUGGUGUUUUGCCGCCCUCAACCAAGGCGUGGGCUGAGAGCUCCUUGAUCGAGGUGGAUGAUGUUCCAGACAAAUUGGUCGACGGAUACGGACAGACAAAAUGGGUCGCAGAAAAGCUCGUCCACGAAGCUGGUGCUCGGGGCCUGCCAGUACGAAUUCUUCGUGCGGGAACAAUCAGUGGCCACAGUACGUCUGGCUCGACAAACACGUACGAUCUGUUUACUGCCAUCAUUGUCGAGUCGCUACACAUAGGCUACUCACCGAACAUCGCAGGCUGGCGUGCGGAGAUGACACCAGUCGACUUCGUCAGCAAAGCCAUCACCGCUUCCUCGAACGACAUCACCUCCCAGCAGCGCGUCCUCCACCUCGGCGACGCCAAACCCGUCGAAACCAGGUCUCUCUUUGACGACCUCGCUAAGCUCGGCUACCCGACCAAGCAACUCGAAUGGGACGAAUGGGUAUCUCUCUGGACCGAGAAACGCGGAUCCGCAAAACGAGGAGCCGGUGCCUUUACUGCCGAAAUUUUACGAGGGGGCAUGCCAACCGUUGAAUUCUUGAAAGACAUAACGAUUCUCAACGACGAAGCCACCAAGCCUGUCCUCAAGGAUCUACACCGCCCUCAGAUCGACGUCAAGUUGCUCGAAACAUACGCUCGUCACUGGUAUGCUCGCGGCUGGCUACCACGACCACCACUGCGUCUCAACGGCGCUAACGGACUCGGCAACCAAAUGAAGCGAGGCCCUCUAAGUGGCCUCGUCGCAGUCGUGACCGGUGCCUCAUCUGGAAUCGGUGCAGCGACAGCCACAGCCCUAGCAAGAGAAGGCGCACACGUCGCCCUCGCCGCCCGACGAACAGACGCUCUCGAGUCCCUCAAGAACAAACUGUCCAUCUACAGCGGCAAAGUCAUCGUCUUCCGGACGGAUGUGACCAAGAAAGAACAAGUCGAGUCUCUCGUCCGCACUACCGAGGAAGCCCUCGGCCCCGUCGAUAUUAUGGUUUCCUGCGCGGGUGUCAUGUACUUCACCAUGAUGGCCAACUGCCUCUCCGAGCAAUGGGAGCAAACCGUCGACGUGAACUGCAAAGGCCUCCUCCACGUCCUCUCGUCCACCGUCCCAGGCAUGCUCUCGCGGGGGAGCGGACACAUCGUCGCCAUCUCCUCCGACGCCGGCCGCAAGGUCUUUCCCGGUCUGGGCGUCUACUCCGCCAGUAAGUUCUUCGUCGAAGCCACGCUGCAAGCGCUGCGCGUCGAGACGGCCGGCACGGGAUUACGCGUCACGAGUAUCCAGCCGGGGAACGUGAGCACCGAUCUGUUGGGCAUGUCGACGGAUGCGGACGCCCUGAAGAAGUAUGGGGAGCCGAGUGGGGCGCGGGUGCUGGACGCGGAGGAUGUGGCGAAUGCGAUCGUCUAUGCGCUGGUGCAACCGGCGCAUGUUGCUGUCAAUGAGGUGAUGAUUGAGCCGAGGGAUGAGCCGAUCUGA